ACAGGCGGCAAUAACAACGACGGUCAAGGAGCUAGCAACAACACGUUCUCCUACUCUGACGACGCCGGAAACACGUACAGCAGACAAGUCGGCGCGUCCGCGAACAGUAUCACAUAUGAUACCCAGAGCGGAAGUCUGCCAGCUGCAGGGGGUAUGACCUAG